UAUCCGAAAACCAAAAUUUGGCUGCCGCGGUUAAUCUGGUCUUGAUAGAUGGCUGUAAGGUAAACGAAGCGUCCAGAAAAGCAAACGUGCCAAGGUCGACGUUAAGAAAGGCGUUAAAAGACCAUGAAAAGAUCAAAGGAAUACUGCCACCGGCAGCGCCAUUAGCAUCUGGCCCUACUGUGGGGGACGUCUUAGCGCCAUUAGCGUCUAGCCCGACUGUGGGGGACGUCUUAGCGAUCGUUGAAGACGACGAACGGCCUGUGGAGGACGUCACAGUCGACGCGGAGGACGUCGAGGUCGAUGUGGUGGAGGACGUCGCACCGAAGACCGUCAUGAAAGACGUCAUUGUUUUUAAAAAUGGCCGUGCCAGGACCGUUCAACGAGAAGUGGUGGUACACACACGUUCGGCAUACAGCGUGCCCCCCAAUCGGAAUUGUGUACCCAAUUCGGACACCAGCCAGCUCCUCUGUCGACACUCCGUCUCCGCCUAGCAAAGUUUCGCCACUUCGUGCGACCAGCGAUCCGCCCGUCAACACUCACAUUGUAUUUGCCGAAUCGUCGUCGGACGACGAACCGGAGCUGCGAUUCUCGCCGGUGGACGACGAUGUCCUGCAGGUCAAGUCGCCACUGGCAGUGGACGACAUUUUCACUCCGUCACCCCAUCCGACGAAACCCGAAGACGUUUACCAGUUUAACGGGAGCGACGAUGAACUCGAGCCAGCACCACUCAGGAGUAGGACCGAUGCACCGGCGGCACCAGCUGCGGAAAGGUCGGUCUCACCGAUAUCCACGGGCCCGAUCGCGUCGGGAAACUCGCAAGAGCAAGACGAGGAAGACGACGACGAGCGUUUACUGCGGCCCAAGCGGCUCACCGUCGUCGAAAAACUCGCCAGUUCGACCGACACCCAGCUCGUGAAAUACUGCCCGAUGUGUGAGUUUAUGACUUGCGGUCACAAACUCGGCCGGCACAUCGAAAACAAACAUUGGGACCAGAUGACAAAGCCGCGGAAAGAGAACAUCAAAAAGAUUUGCGACUACAUUGCGAACGAAUCGCGAAAGUCAUAUUCUGUUGUGCCCACGAGGGCCGUGAAAAAGAAAGUAGGUCCCUACUGGGACGACCGGUGCUACAGGGAAAUCGUCCACGGUCUCACACUCAUGGGAAGAAUGAAAUGUUACGGCGAGUCCUGGAACCUCCCGGGUGUCAAAGACAUGCCGAAUCCUUUCGCCGGUCUCUUCAGGCCGGCGGGAGAUGACGCCAUCUCUGGACCCGCGCCGCUCCCAGAACUCCCCACGACAAGCGCGCCCCCGGUGCGCUAUGUACAGGGUCCGUCGCGGCCAGUGGGUAAGCCGACACCGACACCAAAAUCGACAACGACACCGACAUCGACAUCGCCGCGGCGUCCGACCGGCGCACAGCCCGGCAAACAGUCGAACUUGCGCAAGGCGGCAUCCAGCAAGGGGCUGAACCAUCAGCUGCCCGUCGACCACCCGUUGAUAGCCAUGCUCGAGCGUUCGCUGGCCUACAGCCACGGGGUGGACUCAGCGGCGGCUAAAAAUUAUGUAGCCAACGUUUCAAGAACAUUGGCGUACGUGCAGAGGCGUUUGGUGGAGAACAAAACUCCUUCCGAACACUGGUCGGCGUUGGUCACCGUCGACGUCGAUAUCUACAUUGAAUACUUUAGACUACGCGAGGAGAUCGGGCAAACGAAGGCGACAACGAUCAAUUAUUUGAAAAAUUUGCGAAUGCUUUUCCACAACAUUAUGAAUUCGUACGUUCAAGAGGACCCCGCCUUCCCUAAGGAUUUUGAUUUGUCGCCCUGCGUUAAGACGGUCACGGCCAUUAAGUUGUUGGACCACAAGCUGGGACUCGUCUACAAAAGGACUACGAAGCAACAGCCAGGAGAGUUGUUUACGAGGAAGACGAGAGAGGCCGAAACCCUGCCCGAGUUCGAAGCUGUCGUCGAGUCAUUGCGCAAAAUCAAGGGCACGAUCCACGGAAAUUUGAGGUUGCUGGAAGACAGGUUCGGGAACUCGGGCACGGUGAACGUCCGGAGCGAGAAAAAUAGUCCGCCGGCGGAGAUGGAGCUCUCAAAACUGUGGCGACAGGUCACGUGUGCGCUGGUGAUCGAUGUGCUGUGGACCUCCAAACAGCGGAGCGGGGUCGCCGUCGGGAUGACCAUCGGCGAGUGGGAGUCCCGUCGGGUAAUGGACACCAGGUCCAUUAUCACGGUAGCCGAACAUAAGACGGGAGACAAGGAGCCCGCCACGCUCGUCCUCGAAGAGGGCAUGGGUGAACUGAUGAAGAGAUAUUAUCGAUUAAGGCUAAGGCUCGGAUACGGAAGGCCCAACUUUUUCGUCACGAACCGGGGUGAAAAAGUCGUAAAGAUUUACGACGACGUCAAUAAAACAUUUGGCGCCCGUCUUUCGGCGACUCUGUUCCGGCGCAUGGUCGAGACAGAGGGCCGGGACCACGACGCUGCGACGUCUUCGGGGGUGGCGAAGGCGUUGCAGCACUCCGAGGACACCGCCAGCCGCUAUUACCGUGUGCCGGACGCGGCGGAGGCGAUUCGACGCCAGGGCAACUUGGACCGGGUGGAGCACACGGCUUUAAUAAAGAGCUACGUCGAUAAACACUUCGAGGACUUUUUCCCACUUAUUGCACACUCUCCGUUCCCGAAAACGGAGACGGCGAUCGACAAGAUAAAGGAAAGCGACAUAAUGAUCGAUUAUCCGUCGGCGGCCAUCGAUAUGGACUACAUAAUCAAACUACAAGACCGCUAUGACGCCACCCUUCUGGCCGAAAGGGUGGACGUUCUAGCAGAGUUGGUGAAGCUCGCCGGUUUCGACCGCGCGAACGUCUCGGACUACGCCAUAAUAGACGUCGCCAAGAAGAAGAAGGUUCACUUCUUCUUGAAUAACCUCAGAUACCGCAGGAAAAUAUUGAACAAAGUCUUGGCAAAAAUUAAGAAGGGCGAAUGACCAUAGGUUAGGUAAAACAAUAUUGUUGUAUUAGUACACA